GAGUAUUCCGGCAAGUUGACUGUGACAAAAGUCAAUGUCAAAUUGAACCUGCAAACUGUCAAAAUAAGUGUCAACUCAAAAUGAAUUAACUGAUGUUUUGCAAAGUUUUAAAAAAUAAAGUAAAAAGGUCUCCAAGAUUAAGUAGUUACGGUACAACGUCUAUUCGCUAUCAAAUAUUGUUGGCAGCAUUAAUAUCCUCAAAUCUGAAAAGUAAGUAAACUGCAGCGAUGGGUCGAAAAGUGACGGUAGCGGUGACGACGCUGAACCAAUGGGCGCUGGACUUCGAGGGGAAUAUGAAUAGGAUUCUACAAUCCAUACAGGAGGCUAAGGAAAUGGGAGCCUUGUACCGCACUGGACCUGAGUUAGAAAUAUGUGGUUACAGUUGCGAGGACCAUUUCUACGAGCCAGACACAUAUCUCCACAGUUGGCAAGUACUCGCAGAGCUCCUCAAAUCUGCGACAUGUAAAGACAUGUUGAUCGAUGUCGGUAUGCCAGUUCAACACAGAAAUGUACUAUACAAUUGCCGAGUGGCGUUCUUGAAUAAAAAGAUUCUACUUAUCAGACCAAAGAUGUUAUUAUGUGAAGAUGGAAAUUAUAGGGAAUCUAGGUGGUUUUCGCCUUGGACCAAAGAACGACAGACUGAAGAAUACUAUUUACCUAGGAUGAUAUCGGCGAUAACGAACCAAUCGACGGUGCCCAUUGGUGAUGCUGUCAUCGCAACUAAAGAUACGUGUAUAGGUUUUGAAAUUUGUGAAGAGUUGUGGAAUCCGCAGAGUCGCCAUAUUCCUCUCGGUUUGGACGGGGUGGAGAUAAUAGCGAAUGGUUCGGGAAGUUAUAUGGAACUGCGCAAGGCCUACGUCACAGUGGAUCUAGUCAAAAGUGCUACCUUCAAGAGUGGGGGCGCGUAUUUGUUCAGCAAUUUGAGAGGUUGUGAUGGCCAGAGGAUUUAUUUCAACGGUUGCUCCUGCGUGGCUGUUAAUGGGGAGAUUGUUAGUAGAGGGAUGCAGUUUGCUCUGCAUGAUGUGGAAGUAGUAACAGCAACGAUCGAUCUUGAAGACAUUCGUUCCUACCGGACACAGAUCCGUUCUCGAUCUCAUUUAGCAGCCUCCAACCCGCCAUUUCCUCGCAUCACAGUUGACUUCGCCCUAUCGGAUGAUGAAGACGUGUAUCUUACAACUAGCCCGCCUAUACAGUGGCAGUAUUUAACGCCAGAAGAGGAAAUUGAACUAGGUCCGGCUUGUUGGCUAUGGGAUUAUCUAAGAAGGUCGGGCCAGGGAGGAUUCUUUCUACCAUUGAGUGGUGGUGUAGAUUCUACUAGUACUGCUUGCAUAGUGUUUUCAAUGUGCACACAAAUUUGCGACGCUAUUCAGAAAGGAGAAAGCCAAGUGUUGUACGAUGUUCGGAAAAUCCUUUGUCAGUCAGACUACACGCCGUCUGACCCGAUGGAGCUGUGUAAUCGGUUACUAGUGACGUGUUAUAUGGCUUCAGAGAAUUCUAGCCAGGAAACUAAACAGAGAGCUUCACAGUUGGCCAGCGAGAUUGGUAGCUAUCACUUUCCGAUAGUGAUCGACGCAGCCGUGAGCGCAGUUAUUGGUAUAUUUACUACCGCUACUGGCUUCGUACCAAAGUUUAGAACGAAGGGCGGUUGCCCGAGGCAGAACUUAGCUUUACAAAAUAUACAGGCUCGUCUGCGCAUGGUUUUAUCCUACCUGUUUGCGCAACUGAUGCUCUGGGUGCGCGGUAGACCUGGUGGCCUAUUGGUGCUAGGUUCCUCAAACGUGGACGAAGCCUUGCGAGGAUAUAUGACCAAGUACGACUGCUCCAGUGCCGAUGUCAACCCUAUUGGUGGUAUAUCGAAGACUGAUCUCAAGUCUUUCUUACAGUAUGCUAAAAAUAGAUUCUUCUUGCCAUCGCUCUCGGAGAUCUUACAAGCGCCACCUACAGCAGAGCUUGAACCUCUAACGGAUGGUCAGAUCACACAAACAGACGAACAAGACAUGGGCAUGACUUAUGCAGAACUCUCAGAGUUCGGGAGAUUGAGGAAAACCCAACAUUGUGGACCAUACAGCAUGUUCCAUAAACUAGUGCAUACGUGGAGCGAUAAAUGUACGCCGCAGGAGGUUGCAGAAAAAGUGAAGCACUUCUUCCGUUGUUACGCGAUCAACCGUCACAAGAUGACUGUUUUGACUCCUUCGUAUCACGCAGAAACAUAUAGCCCUGAUGACAACCGUUUCGAUCACAGACCGUUCCUUUACCGGGUACACUGGAACUGGCAAUUCAAAGCUAUCGAUGAUGCUGUGGCUCAGAUGUCAAAAGAUAAGCGUGGCUCCAGCGAUAGACCGCAAGACGUGAAAAUAAGCAGUGCUUCAACUUCUAACGUCAACUCACAUUUCAUGCGAGGUGAUAGGAAAGGUGUCCUUAUAUAAGUAAUUGUGUUUACAUAGUUAUGCAUUAUUAUGUAGCUCUACUAACUCAAAUCUAUGCUGACUUCGCCAUUGUGAACAAAAUUAAAGUAAACGUUAUGUCAACAUCACAACAACCACCUUUAAGUGCCCAUUGCUAAGCAAAGACCUCUCUCACACGAAGAGACUUUGAACAUCACUAAACUUAGAAUUUUAAGUUCAUGUUUCCUGACGCUGUUUUCCUUCACUAUUUUUAGUGGUGCCUAAAUAAACUUUAACUUGAAAAUGGUACAUUGGUACAUGCCAGGUUUCGAAGCUUAUGAGGACGCCUCAUGAACCGCUCGGUUCUUAUUUAUGAGGGCGAAUAUCUAGGUCAGAUCUGGGUUGCUUAACCCACAGGUUAAGCUUAAUAAUGUACCGCGGCCCAAGCCUGGAGCAGACGAAAGGGAGGGGGGAGUGGUCGAAAUUUUUACAGUAAAAUUACAACAAUUCCUCUCAGUCAGUAAGAUUACAAUAAUCCCUCUCGUCCCAACCAGGGUGACAGAAGUAAUUUGAUAAUCUGCCCUCCCCAGCCCAA